AUGGACGAAGAAGAAGAAGAAUUACAGGAGGAAGAAGAGAUAAAGGAGGAAGAAGAAGAAAUAAAGGAGGAAGACGGGAUAAAGGAGGAAGAAGAAGAAAUAAAGGAGGAAGAAGAAAUAAAGGAAGAAGAAGAGAUAAAUGAGGAAGAAGAGAUAAAGGAGGAAGAAGAAAUAGAGAAGGAAGAAGAGAUAAAGGAAGAAGAAGAUAAAAAUGAGGAAGAAGAGGUAAAGGAAGAAGAAGAGAUAAAUGAGGAAGAAGAGAUAAAGGAAGAAGAAGAGAUAAAUGAGGAAGAAAUAAGGGAGGAAGAAGAAAUAAAGGAAUAUGAAGAAAUAAAAGGAAGAAGAAGAAAUAAAGGAAAAAAGAUGAACUAG